UCUGGAUGCAUUGAGAAUGCUUAACUGGCAAUCGCUUAUCUUUAUCUUGCCAGGAUUCUUGGCAUAUACCUGGCCAGGGAACAGCAAUAGCAGCGAUCGCAAUGAGUUGUUUGUCCUGGGAAUGCACAAUCACACCGCCUGGGCAAUGACAAUGUGGCAGGAUACCUCCUACAAGCCAGACUCCUAUUGCCUGCUUUGGUUGAAGGAACUGCAGAGCUCACAUUGUCCAUUUGUAAAGCUUCUGGUUCAUUGCGUCAUAGCGUUGCCCGUGUACAAUUUAUUGUUGAUUUUAAUUGGUUGGCAUCUGAAUAAAAGCGCCUCCAGCAAUGCGGAGCGUAUUUUACUUGUGUUUACGCCAGUUUGCCGACGACCGGCGCCUUCUCCUCCCAUCUUGACUGCAGCUGCACCUCGACCGUUGCCACCUUUGCCCCCUCCACGUUGCAAGCGACGUUUAGCACCAAAAGCGCCAUCACGUCGCAUGCGUUCCUCACUCAAUUCACCCGAUAGAUAUCCCAGUCAAAAGGAUCCCUUUGCGACUGCUGAGCAGGUCGAGCAAUACAAGAGUCUGCGCAGAAAUCUGAUACGUGUGCUGGAAGGCCUGCAGCAGCCAGUGCCUGCAAUAUCGCAGAUGCCGCUGCCAUUGCCCAUGCCAGUUGCAAUGCCUGCGUCGAAGCCUUAUUUUAAUCCAAGAGAUUCGUUUGAGGAGCCUAUUCAGUCUCCCACUUCAGAGCAGUCCAAAGGCAAGAAAAAGUCACGAAAAUGGUUUCACACUGUAGUCAAGCGACUGGGUAAAACCUUUGCUAAAAACAAGAACCACAACCAGAUAGAAAACAGCGAAGUUACCACAAGCAGCAGCAGCAGCAACAGAAAUAGCAGCAUUAUUCAAAUGGGCUGGAAACGUUUGAAAAUUCGCGCCAGUCGAAGAAGCCAAUUUUAUGUGCCGUCAGCAAGUAGUUCGGAGACAAUCAGCAGCGCUAGUUGCAUAUAUGCGUACUAGGAACAGUUCAAGCAUUGAGAGUGCCUGGCAAUUUCAAGGGAAAAUCUUUGAUCGAACAGAUAUUCCCAUGAAAAUGCUGCGUCAUUCCAAUGCGUUUGCUGACCGUAGAUAUAUUUAACCAGCACUUAUCGAUGGCAUUCUUAAAUCAACCAUCACCUUGAACCGCUCUUAAUUUUAUUAGAACACAUCCGGCAAGGCGACAAUGAACAAAAGACUCAAGCGACAAACCCUGUCCUCUCAUCAAUCAUAAUAUAAACCCGCGCACCAUAUCUAAUCUGGCCAACUGGCGAUGAAACAACAACGACUACCGGGUGAACUUCAGCUAUAUGAGCAUGCAGAUAGGUUCAGCUGAUACCAAAUUCCACCGAAAGCGACUUUAUUGCAUCGCAACAAUGCUAGGAAGCGAAACUGUAGCAAGAGAAGGAAGAGGAGGAGGAGAGCGCACCGAAGCGUGCAUACGCUGCGCAGAAUGAUCUACGACUAUAAUACAGUUAUAAUUUAUUAUAUUUAUUUUUUACUUUCAUAAAUUUAUGACAAUCUGGAAA